AUGAAGAAUGAGGGUUCAGUGACGGUGACAACCAGGAUAGGAUACGAGUCCAGGCGAUUUAGGUAUCAUUCGAGUCACGACGAGAUUCGGAAUAGCCACGACGUCAAUGACUUCGUAUUAUCGCUCCUACAAGCGGGACCUUCGGCGAGGGAUUCUAAAAAGUUUCUAGCUUCUUUCGGCGGUCAGCAUGACCCCAAGGGUAAAAUCAAUCAAGCAUCAACAACACCAACACCAUCCACAUCAGCGUCAGCGGAGAACUCCAUCGUAUCCGACGUCCUCAGCCACCGAGCUCGUCGACCAGCCCUAGUCAAGAUACAAGGCCCCUUCACAGAUGCCCAGCUGGAUUCCGUAGCCAAAGGCCUAGCCUACCUGCAGAAACUGGGUUUAGUCAGCGUGAUAGUAGUAGAUAGGGAUGACAUCGCCCUCGAUCGGAACGGGAGACCUUUGUGUGGUUCGGAAGCGAGGAGGCUGGUCUUGCGGGAGAUGGAGAGGACGGUCUCGUUCUUGGCGAAACAUCGGGCGCCAGCUAGGCCGAUCAUCUCUACCGUCAUCCGGUCUAGGCGGAUAGCAGGAGAGAACGAGACCCGUACUGAGACGUACGUCGAGGAGGAAGGAUUGGCGCAUGUCAGACGGGCGGUGGAGGAAGGAGAGAUCCCGGUGCUCAUCCCCGUCGCGCUCGAUCAAGGGUGCAAGACCAACUUGAUGGAGGGUAAUGAUGUCGUUCGGGCGCUCGCCGAAUCGAUGGGUCGGUCGGGGAAAGAUUACGCUGCGGCCCUGGUGGCAGAGAACGGUCCGGCGCCUUCGUCGGCGUCUUCGUCCAUUCUCAACGAGGCCCCCAUCGAGUCACCAUCAUCAGACAUGACCCCAUUACGACUGUUGAUCAUCAACCGGGAAGGUGGGAUCCCUUCGUACGCCCGAGCGGGAAUGCCACAUCUGUCCAUCAACUUGGAGACCGAGUAUGACUUCAUUCAGGACACCUUCUUGGGUCAAUGGGAGACGACCCAUCCGUCCGCCCUGGCCAAUCUUACGCUCGCUCGGGAUUGUCUCGCUCACAUGCCAUCGAGCGCUUCGGCAUUGAUCGCCUCACACAAAUCUCCAGCGGCGUUGAUCGCCAACUUGAUCACCAACAAACCAGCACAUUCCGCCAGUCUGCCCCAUGCGCUAUUGGCCGAGGGAGAGGGCAAGAUCACCCCGCAUACGCCCACGCUGAUCCGCAAGGGAAUGCCGAUCAGGAUCAUCAGAUCCUUUGACGAGAUCGAUAGGCCUAAGCUCAGGACCUUGCUCGAGAGGAGUUUCGGACGGACACUGAACGAGGAGGCCUUUUGGAGCAGGAUGGCUCGAUCCCUGGAUUUCGCGAUCGUCGCCGGGGAUUACGCUGCUGCAGCGUUGUGUACGAACGAAGGCCCUUCAGGGCCCGGUCAGACACCGAUCUGUUAUUUGGACAAGUUUGCCGUGUUGCCCUCGCAUCAGGGGGAUGGGACGGUGGAUUUCCUCUGGGUCGCCCUGCGUGACGAGACUUUCGGACUCGGUCUCAAGGACGCCGCCAACGCCAACAUCGGGUCUCUAGCGGGUGUCGGUUCCGGUCGAGAUCUUAUCUGGCGAUCCCGGGCCGAUAACCCGGUCAACAAGUGGUACUAUGAGCGGAGCAACGGAUUCGUCACGCUCGGGAAUUGGAAGAUGUUUUGGUGCGAUGCGGAACAGCGCAUCCGUGAACUCAAAUCGGAGACGGGUUCCAAGAGGGAUAGGGGGAUUCCCAUCAAAGUGGUCGAGGAUACCGAGCAGGGUAGACUCCUGCAAUGGGCGUCGUAUGUCGAGCCGAUACCCUCGGCAUGGUCAUGA